CGCGAGUAGUAGUACUAGGCUUAAGCUGAACAGGGAAGAAGAAUUAAAAAGCGCUGAAAUAGUAGAAAAAUUCGCUUCUGCUUGGCUCUGCUUUUGCUGCUGCUGCCGUCACCGCCGCCGUCGUCGUCGUCGUUGUCGUCGACGACGCUUCUGUUAGAGUAUCGUUCACUAUCCAAGUAGCCAUCGUCUUCGGCUGAUGCCUAGAUGAUCUAGUGUGUGAGUGUUAAUUUUUUCGCUGUGAAAUCCACAAUCCAAAACAUCCAGUUUCUGGGUUAGUGCGGGGGAAGUGCGGCUGGUACCAGCUGAUCCCAGCAGUGUGUCCCGAUAGACUUCCUGGGGCUGCUAUCGGUUGAACUGCGAUUGAAACAAGCUAAGCUGGCAAAGAAGCGGUGAAGUUCGACGAGUAGAAAAAGGCUGCCUUUGCUUGUGGUUCUUUCUUUUCGUCAAGGUGGUUUGGUUUGCUCAGUUUCGACGUCCGGCGGGAGCGAAUCGAAGCGGGGAAGAAGAUUGAAGCUUGCUGAUGCUCUGACACUCUAUAGAAACUGUGCGCGGAGAGAAGCUAGACGGCUGUGUUUUUUUUGUUUUUUUAUUUCUCACAAGGGAAACAAAAAGAAACAGUGCAUCGUUGUUUAAUAAAUUGUUACGAGUGCUUUUUAUAGUAGCAAUAUAAUAUGCUUGAUUUUUUUGCGGUUUGUAGAAAGAGAGAGAAGAAAUUCGCGGAACAUUUGCCCUAUAGUACUCGCUAAAGCACACAAAAGAUUCGAUUUUUGUCCGUCCGGCUUGUGACUAAUACGUCCCUCUUGUCCCCCGGGGGGAUUUGUAUAGUGCAAACAUGUGAUAAUACCAUAAUUGAAUUAAUAAUAAUCGUGUGUGUGUCAGUUGUGGUCAGUCGAUAAAUAGCUUAGAACCUACGCGAGCGCCCUUUUUAGUCUUCCUUUGUUGGUCCCAUUUUGCGGUUCUUUUAUUUGGUUCUUCGCAAUUCAGAACGGAAUUCUUUCCUUUUGUAGGGCACCUGUUGGUGAACGUAGCUCUACGGUACGGUCAUUCAAUCGGGGGUUUUGAGUGUUAGUUCUAAUCCAUUUUAAACGGUGCAAAAAAACAACUUGCAGAUGCAAAUUUUUCACCCGUAAUCUAUUCGCAAUUUUUCCAUGAUGAAUUUUCCAUAAACUAGAAUUCGCACUGACACGCACACAUUAACCGGAGGGUAAAAUUGGCGGAGAAAUUCUCUCUCUUUUUCCAUCCACGUGAGCUGAGCAGUGCGAGCCAGUCAGUGGGUUUCGGAAAAUUUUGCCAGCCAGCCAGCCAGUUAGUUUGCAGUACGUACUCUUGCUCGGUGGGAAAGUGCGUGUUUCAUAGUGUUGGUGAGUGUCCCAGCAGCACACGUGCUGAUCCUAGCAAUCCGUCAUCUUUUCACAACAGUAGCAGUAGUAGUAGUAGGCGAAAAGGAUCUGGGAAUUCCGUCGCGUGUGCCGUCCUGUGCCGCACUGAAAAGCACUCACACAGUUCUCACUCCCAGUGAACUUCGAUCCAGCAGCUGACCGCGAGCGAGAUUCCGAAGCAACAGCAGGUUGUACUGAUUUUACGUCUCAGAAAUUGGUGAAAAAAAAAAAGAAAAACAAAAGGAAAAGUGCUACCUACUUCUGAUAGUGUUUCUGUCUGUCUGUGGCGGGUUCUAAGUUCCGUUCGACGAGGAAGAACGCCGAGGAAACUUAAAAUCGCAUCGGCCGCACUAGUUUCGCCGUCAUCAUGGCCGACGAAGAUAACACCCUGGACGAGAUGCCGGAAGGCGAGAACAAGUUCGCCAUGCGCAACCGAGGCCGGAAGGGUGCGCUGAAGAAGAAGAAUGUCUAUAAUGUCAAAGAUCAUCGCUUCAUUCCGCGCUUCUUCAAGCAGCCCACGUUCUGUUCGCACUGCAAGGAUUUCAUCUGGGGAUUCGGCAAGCAAGGCUUUCAAUGUCAAGUUUGCUCCUUCGUCGUCCACAAGCGCUGCCACGAGUACGUGACCUUCAAGUGUCCGGGUGCGGAUAAGGGAGCAGAUUCAGACGCACAAAAUCCGCAUAAAUGGCAAGGAUAUACUUUCAUUACACCAACCUUUUGCGAUCACUGCGGUUCGAUGUUGCACGGGAUCGCGCAUCAGGGUUUAAAAUGUCAAGCAUGUGAUAUGAACGUACACAAACGGUGCGAGGAGAGUGUACCGAACCUGUGCGGAUGUGACCACACCGAGCGGCGAGGGCGCAUCCAGCUUGCCAUCACGCAUACGGCCAACAAGCUCAAUAUCGAAGUGAAACAGGGCCGCAACCUGAUCCCGAUGGAUCCGAACGGCUCCAGUGAUCCGUACGUCAAGAUCAAGCUGAUUCCAGACUCGGACAAUGUGAAGAAGAAAACCAAGACCAUUCGGGCGUCGUUGAAUCCGGUGUGGAAUGAAACACUAACCUUCGAGCUCAAGGCGGAGGACAAGGAUCGCCGCGUUCUGAUCGAGGUUUGGGAUUGGGAUCGUACCUCACGGAACGACUUUAUGGGUUCGCUAUCGUUCGGUAUCUCGGAGAUACUGAAGAAUCCCGUGGACGGGUGGUUCAAGCUGCUCACCCAGGAGGAAGGCGAAUACUAUAACGUUCCGGUGCCGGAGGAGGGUACCGAUCUGGUGCAGCUCAAGAGCCAAAUGAGAAAGACAUCAAUUUCCAAGAAGAUGCCGGUGCUCGGCGACAAAGAUGUUCCUCACAACAUGGGCAAGAAGGAUGUGAUACGGGCUACGGACUUCAACUUCCUGAUGGUCCUCGGCAAGGGCUCGUUCGGUAAGGUUAUGCUAGCCGAACGGAAGGGAACGGACGAGUUGUACGCGAUUAAGAUUCUCAAGAAGGACAUCAUCAUCCAGGACGAUGACGUCGAGUGCACCAUGGUGGAGAAACGGGUCCUAGCGUUGUCCAAUAAGCCACCAUUUUUGGUGCAGUUGCAUUCCUGCUUCCAAACGAUGGAUCGGCUAUAUUUUGUGAUGGAGUAUGUAAAUGGAGGAGAUCUCAUGUUCCAGAUUCAACAAUGUGGCAAAUUUAAAGAACCUGUUGCGGUCUUCUACUCGUCGGAGAUCGCCAUCGGGCUGUUCUAUCUGCACUCACGUGGAAUCGUCUACCGUGACUUAAAGCUCGACAACGUACUGCUGGAUCAGGACGGACAUAUCAAGAUUGCCGAUUUCGGCAUGUGCAAGGAGGGCAUCGCCGGCGACAAAACUACCAAGACGUUCUGCGGUACGCCGGAUUACAUUGCCCCGGAGAUUAUUUUGUACCAACCGUAUGGAAAAUCGGUUGAUUGGUGGGCUUACGGUGUGCUGCUGUACGAGAUGCUGGUUGGACAGCCACCCUUCGACGGGGAGGACGAGGAGGAGCUUUUCGCCGCCAUUACCGAUCACAACGUUUCGUAUCCGAAGAGCUUGAGCAAGGAGGCGAAGGAUGUCUGCAAGGGGCUUUUGACUAAGAACCCACAAAAACGUCUAGGCUGUGGACUUCGUGGCGAAGAGGACGUCCGAGCUCAUGCCUUUUUCCGUCGUAUCGAUUGGGAGAAGAUUGAGAAUCGCGAAGUGCAGCCCCCGUUUAAGCCGAAAAUUAAACAUCGCAAGGAUGUGUCCAACUUCGAUCGUCAGUUCACCUCGGAAAAGACGGAUCUGACACCAACCGAUAAGCUGUUUAUGAUGAAUCUGGACCAGACCGAGUUUAAUGGCUUCUCCUAUUUGAAUCCGGAAUUUGUGGAGCACAUCUAAGGAAUUUACGGAUUAGCAUCAGCGACCAACGCGCGAAGGAAGAAGGCUUCUCGACUUAGGAACCGACUUUUUAGCAGCCCCAUAAUGCAGGGGACCGCCAAACAUAAGAAAACCCCAGGAAUUAAGUAUAUUCUGCUCAAUUUCAGUGUCGUGCACAUUAUUAGGCAGCGAAGCGUCUGCCAUCCCCCAAAGAUACAAGCAAAUCCCAUUUUAACGUGUAAGAAAGUAUUCGCUUCUACUCCGUUAGAAGCUAGUGUAAAGCCAUACUAGAGCGUCCCAAAGUGUUUCUGAACCAGUUUCGGUCUUCCCUUCGGAGGUAAAUCCAAAAUCGACACCAAAAACCAGAUCAAGCGUUUUAUAAGCUUCUCGCCUUCUCUACUUCCUAUCCCGAACGCUAACGGGCUUCGAUAGUGUCCCCGCAGCAGGAUGAUUAUCAAUCCAGGCCAAACAAAAAAAAACAUUAUUACAGAGUCUAAUAAUACUGUUAUGUCUAUCGAAAUGUGGCACCUUGUUAUCUACUAUACACAUAAACACACUCUUACUUACUUACAUUCUUUUCAUAUUUACAUACGAAUGCAAUGUGAAUACCUUUUGGAUUCUUAUUAUAUACAAAACAAGAGGGAAGAAAAUGAUCCUAUUCAAAUCAUAAAUGUUGAAAUAAAAUAAGUGGAAAAAAAUAAUUAAAUACCCUAGCAGUAGUAAAUGAGAACAAACAAGUUCAGAAGAAAAGAGUAGUGCACCAAACAAAAAAAAAGAACCCCAUAGUUUUCAUCAUCAAUAUCACACAAGUGGUAAAAAUAUUUUCAAACUUUACACCGCCAGCAGUUCCAUUUCUCUUGUACGCGAACUGAAUUCAGCAAUUCCAUGGGAGAAAAAGUCCUACCGAAGUUUAGAAGUGCCCGGAUUUUGUCGAAAUACUGCUUUUCUUUUUCUAAAAGUCGAUAACUUUUGAACCACUGAACCGAUUUCGAAGAUUUUGGUACCAAAAUAACGAAAAUCGGUUCGGUGGUUCAAAAGUUAUGCACUAUUGAAAAAAAAGAAUGGUUGAAAACACUUCGAACGAAGCCGAAACAUUUUUAAAAUUUUGAAAGUAUUUCUUUCGUGGACUUGCUGAAGUAGUAGUUAAACAAAUCCGUGCUGAAUCUGCACUCGGUCGGACGCACCCUUCCGGUGCCACAGUGGUGCCAAAAGGACGAGUGGAAAGUGGAACUUUUCCCCUAGCGUCGUUUGUUUUCAUUUAAGCAUUUUCCACACAAUCUGAGAAUGUUAAAAGUUACUCAUGAUUUACCAUGGUAAAAAUAAAAGAAAAAUACAUGGUUUCUUCGGCCAAGUUGUAGAAAAUGUACAAGCAAGCAAAUCUGCUAAAGAAAUAACAUUUCUAUCUCUACUCAGCGCAGAACUAUAGAGCAUUUUCUUAAAAAAGUUCUUUAAAAAUUAGUUAAAAACUUAACUUUUGUUGGUUGUACUUUACAAGAACACAUUAUUCUAGCCAAUUAUCGAAGUACUCAAAAUACACGUUUUUACAGAAGACGGCAAAUCUCUAGGACAUUCACUUGCUAAGUUAUUGCAUGUUUAAACCUCAUUUUUUCUCAGUUUCUCAGACCUAUAGACCUAAAAUGGGGCGAGUGGAUAGAUCAAAUCAGUGAUAUAUCUUGAAGCUUAGGUCAAGUACUACCAAAGCACGGCCAGCAUGUGUUUUAUGUGUUUUGCGUUCGCCAAAGACUCAAAUAAAUAAAUAACUUUUUUAUGUUAGUAGAUAGAGACAUGGUUUCUUCAGCAAAGUUGUAGAAAAUGUAAAGGCAAACAACUUUGCUGAAAAAAUGACAUUUAUAUCUCUAUCGGAUGCACAGCUAUAGGGCAUUUUCUCUAAAACUUCUUUAAAAGUUAGUUUUUCAGACUUAACUUUUGUUGGUUGCAUUUUACAAGAACAUAUUAUUCUAGGAAAUUAUCGAAACACUCAAAACACACGUUUUUGCAGAAGACUGCAAAUUCCUUUAAAAGCUAUCGCUUGUUAAAGCUUUAUUUUUCGUUAACUUCUCGCGUCAAUAGGGUAGAAUGGGCCAAGUGGGGCAUUUCUUCAUCCAAUGGGUUCGUGAACUUAAAGAAAAAUAAAUUCAAAAGGUUUGCAGUCUUCUACAGAGUCGUGUGUUUUGAGUACUUCGAUAAUUUUCUAGAACAAUAUGUUCUUGUAAAAUGCAACCAACAAAAGUUAUGCAUGAAAAACUAAUUUAUGAACAACUUUCAAACAAAAUACUCUGUAACUACACUCGAAAGAGAUUGAACUAUCAUUUUUUCAACAAAUUUGUUUGUCUUUAUAUUUGCUACAACUUCUCCGAAGAGACUAUGUCUGUGUUUCCCAACACAAAGUUCUUUUCGUAUUUUUAUCGUCGUAAGCCAUGAGUAAUUUUUGAUAGUUCCAGAUUAUGGGGGGUAUUCCUACAAACAGAAAUUCCGAAGUCACUAUAUUGAUAAAAUGAAUGCCAAAGACGACAUGAAAAACACCUUUUUUCUUUAAAAAUUAGUUUUUCAUAAUUAACUUUUAUUGGUUGCAUUUUACAAGAACAUAUUAUUCUAGGAAACUAUCGAAGCACUCAAAAUACACGUUCUUGCAGAAGUCGGAAAAUCUCUAUGAUCUUUUCUUUCAAAGCUGUCGCUUAUUGAAGCUUUAUUUUUCAUUAACUUGUCGAGUCACUAGGGUAGAAUGGGGCAAGAGGGCGCAUUUCAUCCAAUAGGUUCGUGAUAGUAAGAAAAAAUAAUGCUUAAAUAAGCGAUAACUUUGUAAAGAAACCUCCAAAAGAUUUGCUGCCUUCUGGAGAAACGUGUAUUUUGAGUGCUUCGAUAAUUGCCUAAGACAAUAUAUUCUUGUAAAAUGCAACCAACAAAAGUUAUGCAAGAAAAACUAAUUUAUAAACAACUUUCAAAGAAAAUACUCUGUAACUCUACACUCGAAAGAGAUAGUAAUAUCAUUUUUUCGGCAAAUUUGCUUGCCUUUAUAUUUGCUUCAACUUCUUCGAAGAGACCAUGUCUGUGUUUCCUAACACAAAAAAGUUAUUUUCUUAUUUUUAUGAGUAAUUUUUGACAGUUUCUGAGUAUGAGGUGUAUUUCUACAAACAGAAGUUCCGAAGUCACUAUAUUGAUAAAAUGAAACCCAAAGAUGACAGGAAAAAAGUUCCACUUCUCCCCCUUUUGGACCACUGUGCGGCGCCCACUUGGAUUGCGUAAAAUUCAACGAACGAACAAUAGACACACUGACACAUUGACACUCCCAUACAGGCAGGUUGUAAGCGGUGGUUUGCGCGGUCGCCCCGCCCCUCUCGGGCUCCGCAAGUGCGUAUUGAUGAGUUUUCUGUUAAAACUUCCAUUCUUUAGUAGCAAUAAUUAUCGAUAUUUAAGCGAAAUCAUCUCGACUAUGUAUAACUUGUAGGCAAAAAAACACACACACAGAGAGAAAUGAAAGGAAAAAAUGCAAAAAAAAACAUUAAUAUAUAAUAAAAAAUGAAACAACAAAAUGGAGCUUUAAUCUUGCACUUUAUAUUAUAUAUAAAUGAAAUGAAAAAAAAAAACAGAAAGUAUAUUAUCCUUUUUACUGAAAUAACAUACAUUUAAAAGAGUAACUUACAGAAUUAUUAAAUCGUAAUUGUGAUAAUAGUGAAAAUUAAUCAUUUCAGUAAAGUAAAAAAACAUGAACAGGAAAAAUUCCCUUGUGAGAUUCCUCCCGUACUCCCUCUCUCUCUUACUCACGUACAUAAAUUGCAUAUAAACAUACAGAAAAACACUCACAAAUACACACUCGAAACAAAAUUUUGUGCAUGACAACAAAUGAAAGCAUCCUGGGUAACUAACGGAGUUUUAUUGUACUCUUAAAAAGGUUUUUAUGACCAAUUUCAGCCAUUAAAACCUUUAUAAGACUGUAAUAAAACCGUUUGUUACUUGGAAUUAGACAUAACACAUAUUAUUACUAGCGAAAAAAACCCAGCAGGAUAGUAACAACUAAAAACGGUAGAACAGAACAUACACUCCUCUCCCGUGUCUCUGUGUGGCGGGAGAGAGAGUGGCUGGCAAAACAUUGAAUAGUAUUGAACUUAGUAUUUCUAUUUAUUAUCGAAGCAAAACUAAGCAAAACAAAGCAAAGCAAAGCAAAAAAAAAAAGAUAUUCAUGUCGUAAAUAAUACACACACAGAAGAGAGGGGAGAGAAACCACUGCGAAAUCUCUAAUAUCUAGGAUAUUGUAUUUAACUAAAUAAGCAAAAAACAAAGCUGAUUUGAGAAUGAAUGGCGCAGAACGGACUCAACCGGGCCGCCGGAGGCGGCGAGAAGCAGUGCUGUAGUGAAGAAAAAUAUUGCAGAAAAUCUCACUAUAAUUUUGACAAUCUAAAUGUAGUUAAACUAUAUAAAGAAAGAAGAUAAGGAAGAAAACAAAACAGAAUAGCCUAGCGUAGGUAUCGGUACAUCGGUAUUUUACUGUAAACCAACCAAAAAAUGAGAAAGUGAAGAAAAAAUGAAGUGAAAAAAAAAACAGACACACACACACAUUCCAAUAUGAAUGCUCACGCCAGAUAGUUGAAGUGAGAUCGCAGAAGGCGCUGAAUGCCUUCGCGUCUCGCUUCGCUUCGCGGAGCAGAAAAGUCUGGAAAAAGUCGUAGAAUAAUCGCCCUCUAGAUAUUUUAUCGAAGACACGCGCGAGAGCAUGAAGAGAGGAGAAUUUCUAGUUGCAUGAGAUUAUUUAUACUUAUUUGCUGUGAAUGGAACAAGUUUCGUUGCUUUGUUGCGCUAAACAAGAACGAUUACCGGAAAAGAAGCAAGAAAAUUAAUAGUCACUAAUGUUAAAAACGAUAUUUGUUCGACUAGUUUUGUAAAUGUUGUUGAAUUUGAGCAUGUUCUUAUUACUUAUAUUUCUAUACAGCGUACAGUUCUUGCCACUAUACUGAAUACUUUAAAUCAAUAUUAAACGGAACAAGUAAAUAAACAAUGAGAAACUAAACAAAAGAAAAUAAGCUGAAGCAAAAUCCUCCAAACCAGGUUUGCCUCGAAAAUGGCGUCGAAACGUUGCUACGGUUGAAACGGAGAUAAUCUUAACCAUCAACGAAAUCCCACCUUGCAAAAUGAAACUUCACCAACAACAAAACAAUACUGGCAGCAGGAAACUGAAACUAAAACAAAACAAAAAAUCAGACAAAACUAGAAAACUGUGCUGUCUCUCUGACUGACAAACACCAACACACCAAGUUUAGAUGUGCAAUUAGUUCUACGAUCCUUCGCGCUAGAGAGAGUUCUUUUCUUUCCGAUCCAAGUAGGCCCCCUACUCCCCCAGUGCAAAAUGCAAUACCACACAUACGAACGGAAUACUCAGUUACCAUUGUUACCAACAAACCAAAAACGAGAAAAAAACACACUCACACAGUGUUAGGGCAACACACACGUAGACGGGCAGACACGGCUCAAUCCCUUGCGAGUCGUCGGUAGUCGGAGAAAAUCGGUCAGCCAAUGAUAAACAAUAAUAAAAUGGAAGAAGCAAAAAAAAAAACAACCUAAUGAACCUGAAAAUAAAUGCUAAUAAAGUGAGAGUUAAACAAAAGUUUACAAAGCAAACAAAAAAUACUUAUAAAUAUUUAAUAACAAAGCAAAAUGUGUAAGGAAAUUUCUAUUUCACCACUGCCUUAAUUUUUAAAUCUAUGAACAAUUUGUGAGAGAAUCGCGAAAUCACACACUCACACUCAUACUCAAAACAACACUUGUAUAAAAUAAAACAAACCAAGAAAUCGGCACAGUACAGCCGUGUGAAACUAUUCGAAACCAAGUACAGUCUUAUUAUUAUUCUCCUAUGUAUACUAUUUAAUGGUAUCAGCUAAUAAUAAGCGAAUAAUAACAAACAAAAGAUCGUAACAGUAACAAAGAAUCUUCACCCAACUGAACGGCAAUACCAAGCGGCACACACAUUCUUGAAAGUGGGGGGAAACAGUUUUAAGCAAGCAGCCGACCGUUUUUAUCGUAUUCAUCGAUCGAUUCAACAAACAAGUUCAACAACUUGGCUUGGCAACACUCACUCACUCACUCACUCACUCGAAAGGAUAUUUCAAGCAUUUUACAUUUUCAGUGUUUUUUCUUCCACACCUCUAAUUGUUAAAUCAGAAUUUUGAAGAUAUCGAUUGAAUUUAAGCGAAAGAAAAUUGAACAAAAAAAAACAAAGCAUAACUAAAUAGACACGUUAAGUGGAGAAGAAGCAGCUCAGCAAGUUUCGGGGGUCAACCACCGCACCGGUUAGUGGACCGCAGACAAACAGCAGCUAGGUUAGUUAAAAAACACUUUGAACAAUAGAAACAACUGCAGCAGAAAAACAAGUAUAUAUAUAAACAAACAGACAAACAGACAAACAAAAAACUAGCAAGCUUUUAAAUAAUCAGUGCAUGCAAAACAAACAAAACUGUAAUAAAGUUGGCAGUGGAAUGGAGAAAACUGAAUUCAGCCAGCGAUGCAACACUUUUACAUAAUCACACAAACACACACACACACACACACGAUUUUGGCCUCACUCAAUGGAAGAAAACCACUUUUUAACCUACAACACAACACAAACCAGAAGCAAACAAGUUAAACAAGAGACAAACAAACAAAAAACCCGUACUGGAAAGAAAAGAAAAUAAUCACCGUGGAAAAUGUGAGGAAAUACAGCAUAAAUCAU